CCUCCAGUCCCUCCACUCCCCAGUACCCAGGAAGGCCGUGCGGGUUGCAAGCGAGUGCUGCUUUCGCUUUCCCUUCCCUGUGCCCACUCCUGGCUCCUCGUGCGGCGCGAGGCCCCUCGCUCGGCCAUGGCCACGCUCAGGGUCCAGCCUGAAGCCCAAGCCAAGGUGGAUGUGUUUCGUGAAGACCUGUGUACCAAGACAGAGAACCUGCUUGGGAGCUAUUUUCCCAAGAAGAUUUCUGAGUUGGAUGCAUUUUUAAAGGAACCAGCUCUCAAUGAAGCCAACCUGAGCAAUUUGAAGGCCCCCUUAGACAUCCCAGUACCUGAUCCAGUCAAGGACAAAGAGAAGGAGGAGCGGAAGAAACAGCAGGAGAAGGAAGACAAGGAUGAGAAGAAGAAAGGGGAAGAUGAAGACAAAGGUCCUCCCUGUGGCCCAGUGAACUGCAAUGAGAAGAUUGUGGUUCUCCUGCAACGCCUGAAGCCUGAGAUCAAGGAUGUCAUUGAGCAACUCAACCUGGUCACUACAUGGUUGCAGCUACAGAUACCUCGGAUUGAGGAUGGGAAUAAUUUUGGAGUGGCUGUCCAGGAGAAGGUAUUUGAGCUGAUGACCAGCCUUCACACCAAGCUAGAAGGCUUCCACACUCAAAUCUCCAAGUAUUUCUCUGAGCGUGGUGAUGCAGUUACCAAAGCAGCCAAGCAGCCCCAUGUGGGUGAUUAUCGACAGCUGGUUCAUGAAUUGGAUGAAGCAGAAUAUAGGGACAUUCGGCUAAUGGUCAUGGAGAUCCGCAAUGCUUAUGCUGUGUUAUAUGACAUCAUCCUGAAGAAUUUUGAGAAGCUCAAGAAGCCCCGAGGAGAAACAAAGGGAAUGAUCUAUUGAGAGCCUUCUCUCUCAUUCUGUGAUGAGUACAGCAGAGACCUUCCUGCUUUUUACCAGGGAUUCCAGACUUUCCCUUACCUACCUACUGUUGAGGUUUCUUCCUCAUUUUGCCUCCCAGGCACAAUAAAUAUAGUCAUACUGUUGCUCACCAA